AUGGUUUCAUUCGUUCCCCUGCUCAGGAUCGCCCCUGCAUUGCUGAGACAGGCAUCUUACGGCACCAUAAAGAUCGGCAUUUACCAGAGCUUGAAGCGGCUGUUUGUAGAUCGCAUGGAAGAUGAAACGUUGCUAAUCAAUGUAAUCUGCGGAGUGGUUUCAGGAGUGAUCUCCUCUGCAAUUGCCAAUCCGACAGAUGUGCUGAAGAUUCGAAUGCAAGCUCAAGGCAGCUUAUUCCAGGGUGGCAUGAUUGGCAGUUUCAUCGACAUCUACCAGCAGGAGGGUACCCGGGGCCUCUGGAGGGGUGUUGUCCCAACAGCUCAGAGAGCCGCCAUCGUGGUCGGGGUGGAACUGCCAGUCUACGACAUCACCAAGAAGCACUUAAUUCUGUCAGGCCUGAUGGGUGACACCAUCUUUGCCCACUUUGUUUCCAGUUUUACCUGUGGGCUGGCUGGGGCCAUUGCCUCCAACCCUGUGGACGUGGUGCGGACGCGGAUGAUGAACCAGCGGGCAAUAGUGGGCAGCACGGAGCUCUAUAAGGGCACUCUGGAUGGCCUUGUGAAGACUUGGAAGAGCGAGGGCUUCUUUGCACUCUAUAAAGGUUUCUGGCCCAACUGGCUUCGGCUCGGUCCCUGGAACAUCAUUUUUUUUAUCACAUACGAGCAGUUGAAGCGACUUCCAUUCUGACAGCUGGCUUCGUUCCGUGAGAGUCAUCUUCAAGACUUGCAGCAGACAGCUUUGCUGCAGCCUUCCUCUUCAUUCACCAUCCCCAUGUUUCGAUGUCUUGGUACAUGUGGGUCUGGGCUCUCCCCCUCCCCCAAAUGCAUGGUCCCUGGAGCACGAUCUGGCUGAAGUAUAACUGGGAGGCUGAUGGCAGGUGCUGCAUGUUUUUUCACACGGAGGCAAGUAUUAAUGGUGUACAAGUGUCUGGGCCUGAAGCGAUAUCUUCUGUGAAGAUCUGUGCAUUCCAGUGGCCUUUUGGUGCAGCUGUGGUUUGUUGUUUGGCUCGUGUGCAUUUUUCUGCCGUGCCUGUGGGGUGAGACUGGGGGCUGGGAAGGGGUGCUGUCAUGUUUUCUUGCAGAACUGUAACCUCAUUAAAUUAUUUAUUGACUGGA